AUGGCUUUCGCUUUGUUUUCUAUACUUCUUCCUAUCUUAUUGUUAGCCGUCCCUACAUCUCAGCAUUACCUGCAUCAUAAAACCCAUAGCCAUGGCCUAAAAUCACUCCAUUUCACACUCUACCUACAUGAAACAUUCAACAAAACAGCCUACUUCAUAGUGAAAGGCGUAGCUGGGCCAAGUGGUAUCACCACAACAUCAAACCCUUUCGGAUCUUUGUUUGCUUUCCAUGACCCCCUUACCGAAACACCCAACCCAUCCUCAAAGGUGCUGGGGUACACCGAGGGUUCCGCCGUCACGUCGAGCUUUGAUGGGGAACGAACCACUUGCCUAUCCAGGGUAACUUUGAACUUGAAAGGAUACAAAGGUGAGCUUUUGAAUGUUGGGACUGCUCACUAUACUCAAGUUUCGGAACUUCCUUUUGUUGGUGGCACUGGUGACUUUAGGUUUGUUCAAGGCUAUAUGACCACAUCUGUUGUUGAUCUUAGAGGUCACACAACUUGUUAUAAGAUUGAUUUUAAUCUCUUUUGGCCUCCUUAUGCGGCUCUAGCACACUACUAA